CCAUGUAGGUCUGCUCCUCCCGCGUGUUGACACACGCAGAUGCAGCGAUGCAGGAGCUGUGAUGUAAUACCACAACAGGGGACGACACUCGCCCUGGGUUCAGUCGAACGUGCGGUUAUCGCAAACGCGGCGUUUUACGGAUCACACAACAGCUGGGCGCCGUUCUCACGAGCGUUUCUUGUCUGAUCGUCAGCGCCAGGCUCGUUUGUGCGUCUUGGCUGAAACCGUCACAAUCCCCGUUUAAAGAGGCAGCAAAACAAUUUAAAAAAAACCAUUGUGCGCAAACGAAGCCAUGUUAUAGACGGCAGCGUGUCAAAGGAUGCUGUUAAGAGUCCCCCUCCCCGCCCACCUACCUGAGCUCUUCACCAGCUGUCUCCUGCUACCGCGUCAUGGGGACUUGUGUCGGAUUGAUCGCAUCCUCCUCCUCCUCCACUGCGCAUGCGCGCCGGCAGCGGAAAGAAGUGGGGUUGCACAUGCGGCGCGGAGGGAGGGGGAGACGGUUCACUGCCAGCGCCGCGACCGGGGUCUGAGCUACAGUAAGAGCGGAACAAACGCCUCUAAACGCAUCGCCACAAUGACCAUCCAGAACAGCUCUGUGGCAUCUCAGGUUGGAGAUGAGAGAAACCUGCUGAGAUGGGACCUGUCUCCAGAUGAGAUCAGGACCAGGGCGAGCAGCUUGAUGAGUAGAGUGGAGAAGGUCUAUGACGAGAUCGGGUCUCUGAGCGUGGAGGACGUGUCUGUUGAAAACACCCUGCGAGCACUGGCCGAUGCCAAGCUGGACUACGCAGCCUCGCGCCACGCUCUGGACUUCCCCCAGUACGUCUGUCCCUGCAAGGAGGUGCGAGCGGCGAGCACCGAGGCCGACAAGAAGCUGUCCGAGUUCGACGUGGAGCUCAGCAUGAGGGAAGACGUGUUCGAGCGCGUUACGGCCUUGCAGAAAAAGCUGCACGACAAGCUUUCGCCCGAAGAGAAGAGAUUCGUAUCCAGGCUCGUGACGUUGGGCAGGCGGAAAGGGCUGCACCUGGCUAAAAAUAUACAGGAGGACAUAAAACAGACAUGCAAGCGCAUCAGCGAGCUCUCCAUAGAGUUCAACCAGAACCUGAACGAGGACAACACGUUCCUUGUUUUCUCUGAACAUGAACUGGGUGGGCUGGCCGACAGCUAUCUCAGCGGACUGGACAAGACCCCAGGGGGCCGGUACAAGGUGACUCUGGAGUAUCCGCACUACUACCCGCUGAUGAAGAGGUGUCACAACCCCGAGACCAGGAGGAAGAUGGAGGCGGCGUUUCACAGCAGGUGCAAAGAGGCGAACACCGCGAUCCUGGAGCAGCUGAUACAACUGAGGGCAAAGGUCGCAGACUUACUGGGUUACAGCAACCACGCCAACUACGUGCUGGAGAUGAACAUGGCCAAGAAUGCAAGCAGUGUGUCGGGUUUCCUGGAUAAACUCUAUGAAACCCUGAAGCCCAUUGGAAUCAAGGAGCGCAAAUACAUCCUGGCGCUGAAGAAGAGGGAGUGUCUGAUGAGGGGCCACCAGUUCGACGGACGGAUCAACGCCUGGGACGCGCCCUACUACAUGAACCAGGUGGAGCAGUGCAAGUUCGCCGUGAACAAAGACAAGCUCAUCGAGUACUUCCCGCUGGAGGUGGUGACGGAGGGGCUGUUCGGGAUCUACGAGGAGCUGCUGGGCCUCACCUUCGCCGAGGUGGAGCGUGCUCACGUGUGGCACGAAGGCGUCAAGCUGUACUCGGCCCGCGACUCCGAAUCGGGGGAGGAGGUCGGCCGCUUCUACCUGGACUUGCAUCCAAGGGAAGGGAAGUACGGCCACGCGGCCUGCUUCGGCCUCCAGCCCGGCUGCAGGGGGCCCGACGGCAAGCGCACGCUCCCGGUGGCCGCCAUGGUGGCCAACUUCACCAAGCCCUGUCAGAGCUGGCCCUCCCUCCUCCAGCACCACGAAGUGGAGACGUAUUUCCACGAGUUCGGCCACGUGAUGCAUGAACUCUGCUCCAAGGCGACCUUUUCGGAAUUCAGCGGCACCCUGGUGGAGACGGACUUCGUGGAGGUGCCGUCCCAGAUGCUUGAGAACUGGGUCUGGGAGAAGGAGCCCCUGCGGAGGAUGUCUCGCCACUACAAGGACGGCAGCCCCAUCCCGGACGACCUGCUCGACAAGCUGAUCGUCUCCAGAGUGGCCAACACGGGACUGAUGAACCUGCGUCAGAUAGUCCUCAGUAAAGUGGACCAGUCGCUGCACACCAGCCCUCGCGCUGACACAGCAGACGUGUUUGCCAAGCACUGCCAGGACAUCCUGGGCAUUCCUGCUACACCGGGCACCAAUAUGACAGCCAGUUUCAGUCACUUGGCUGGAGGGUAUGAUGGUCAGUACUACAGCUACCUGUGGAGUGAAGUCUACUCCAUGGACAUUUUUUUCAGUCGUUUUAAACGGGAGGGGAUUAUGAAUCCAAAGGUGGGAAAAGAGUACAGGAGGGUGAUUCUGGAAGCUGGGGGCUCUGUGGAUGGGAUGGACAUGCUGGGAACCUUCCUAGGACGUGCACCGAGCCAGGAGGCCUUCUUUCAGUGCAAGGGACUGAUGAAGUCAGAGGAAACACAAGCCACGUGAUCUGAAGUCUGCUGGAAUCUGGUUGUUUGAACGCAGGCCUGUAUCUUAUUAGUACAGGAAUGAAUGCUGAUACUGGUUUUGCUUGCUGUGCUUAAUCCUUCUGGCCCUCAGAAAUGCCUUCCCUGGUCUGUGCAAAAAUAUAAUAAAGCUUUUUCGAGGC